CAAUCAUCACUUUAUUUGUCUGCAGUAGCUUCAAUGGCUGCAUCAAUGGAGGAGCGAAAUGAUGACUUACCACUGCAAAGGAUUCCAUCCGAGGAAGAUGGGCAAGAGUUAGAGUUUGAAGAGCUCGACGAAUUGAUUGAGCAGAAAUCGCCCGAGGAACUUAGUAUACUCAGCAUACUACUCCUAACAUGUCCUAGCCUUGGACUCCAAGUUUACUGGUUCUUACUCCAGUCAAGCGGCACGCCCUACCUACGCUCGCUUGGUCUGGACGGCGCCAGCAUUUCCAUCAUCUGGGCGCUGGGCCCCAUAUUCGGCGCCUUCGUGCAGCCCAUCCUCGGCAACCUGAGCGAUGAGUUUCCUCACCCGCUCUGCCGGCGCAAGCCGUUCAUGAUCGCCGGCGCGGCCGUCGUCUCCCUGGCGACUUUUACCAUGGCGUGCGCCCAGGAGCUCACGGCACGCUUCAUCCCCGACACGCUGACCAGCCCAUGGCAGCCACGCGCCCUGGCCGUGGCCUGCCUCGUGGUCAUCCUCUUCGCCCUCGGCGCAUACUCGGUCGGCGUACGCGCCAUCGUGGUGGACAACUGCCCGCCGAGCCAGCAGUUCGGCGCGGCGGCCUGGUCCAUGCGCUGGAACGUGCUGGGCUCGGCGGCGCUCUCGACGGCCGGCUUCUUCGCCGUGACCGGCCGCCCGGAAACCGACCCCGCUGUCACGUUCCGCGCCCUGGCGUGCGUCGCCGCCGUCUGCUCCGCCGCCACCGUCGGCCUCGUCUGCUGGUUCGCGCCGCCGGAGACCACGCCGCGUCUACGGCCCCAGGGGUCGGGGCUGCGGAGCGUCUUGAGUCUGUGCGCGCCGGGCUCGCUGGUGCGGAGGUGGCGUCGCCUGCCGCCGCUGACGAACAAAGUGUGCAACAUUCAGCUCCUGGCGUGGUGUGGCUGGUUUCCCAUGCUGUACUACAUGUCCACGCAAGAAAUUCCACUUGUAGCAAGAUUCGAAAUGUCCUCGGUCCAAGCCUGGCAGCGGGGGCUGGACGCCAAAUCAGUAGAGAGCCGCGCGAGAUCCUAUCCGCUCUACGCGUCCCUCUUCUUCUCCUUCGGCACAGUCUCCUCGACGCUCCUCCUGCUCCUGCUGAACGCCAGCAGCUCCUUUCCCAAAAUCACCCUGCCGCGGAUCUGGCUCGUCUCCGAACUCGUCGCGACCGCCUCCCUCCUCCUGACGUUCUUCCUGUGCUCCCGGCACGCCUCCUUGACCCUCAUCUUCCUCAUGGGGACGACGUGGACGGUGACCAUGUGGGUGCCGUUUGCGCUGAUCAACGCCGAGCUCGCGGAGCUGCGCUCGGGCGUGGCGGGCGUGCAGGGCCUGCACAACCUGGCCGUGUCGCUGCCGCAGAUCGCCAGCGCGCUGGUCUGCGCCGCCGUCCUGGGCGGCCUGCGCCUGGUCGGCGUGGACGGCGGCGCCGUGUGGCUGUUGAGGCUGGCCGCCGUGCCCGUUGCCUCGUCCGCGUGGCUGACCUGGCGGCUGGAUGGCGCGUGA